GCCGCUUGUGCUGCUUCCGCGAUCUGCCACCUGCGCUGCCCUUGGAAUUUGCCGGAAUAAUACUAAAGUUGACGUCAAAAGAUACGUGGUUGGGGAGGGCAGCUUGUUUACAUUAUAUACGGCAAACAGAAAAACAAAACGAUUGAAUCGAAACAAAUUGAUACGGAGACCCCCGUCCCGAUACCAUGUCCAGAUCCGCAGCCGACGCGACACGAUUCACAGCCACAGGGCCCUAUGCCAGCUCCAAGCCCGGCGGGACGCCAUACAAGCUCCCCAGCUUCAUGGCAGAGUCAAAGAAAAACAACGCACGGGGACCCGGUGAAAGACCAGAGACUCCGAAGGAAAAGGUCGAGCGAUUGCGAGCCCAGGCACGGGCGGCUCGGCUGGCCCAGUCAACCACGCGCGUCGAUCAGAUGAUUGAUGUAGGGCGCAGAUUUGCGAACAAGGCGCAUAAGGUCAUGGUCUACAGUUUGAUCACCGCGUCCGGUAUCUGCGGUGUCCUCACGGUUUAUUCUAUGGUCUCCUUGACACUAUACAACCGUCGUCAGCGAGUGUUGUGGGUUGAGAAAGAAAUGCAGAAGCUGCAAGAUGCAAAGGCAGCUUAUGCCAGCGGAUCAGCAACACCAGAGCAACUCGAGUUAAUCAAGAACGAGGAAAUUGGCGAGAUUAUGAAGCGGAAGAAGGAGGAGGCGAAGGCUCAGAGACCAUGGAACCGGGCCAAGGAAUACCUGUUUGGUGGACUAAAGCAGGACGAGUCAACUUCCGAUUUAUCGUCAAAGGUUGACGGGACUGCCGUUAACAGAGUGGGAGUGCUCGAGGCCCUCAACGCGAAGGCUGCGGAAGAUUCUAAGUCGAGGACGGCCGCCGAAACAGCGCCAGUGCCGGCACAGCCAGGACAGCUGGAUGUUCUUGCUGAGAAUGUGGAAACCGCUGCGAAGCAGUCAACACGAAGCUGGAAAAGCUGGCUUACCGGACGGUGAAAGUGACAUAUACCUACCAAUAAAGCAGAAUCGGGCAUAUCUUCGACUUCUCCGCGCUCUCUAUCUUCCACUGAUGUUGCCGAUUGUUCCUAUCAUUCUUGCAUGGCAUGUGUCUCAGUCUCUCAUCUCCUUUCAUUUCCCGUCAUUUCCCAGGGGUUGUGGCGUCUGUAUACGGUAUCCCUUGAGCUUUCUGCCUUGCCUUGACCUAUGUAAUACUGGCUCCCUCUCUUACUGUGUACAUAUAAUCUGCUUCCACCUUGGUCACUUGGCUCCGCUACCUGUGCUUAAAAGAAAUAGAUCAUCAAGUGUGGGUCUAUAUGUACAAAAGACCAUUUACGAGUUCCUAUAUCAUUGCAUCCUGUCU